AUGGUUUACUCUAUCGACCAACUGCACCGCUUCGUGCCGACCGCAAGACCACGGCAUCACCGGACAAGGGCGACCGCCUGGAAGGACGCCGAAAGCGGUGUGGGAGGAAGCCAAGAUGUGCACACUUUGGUGAAAGCCAGGGAUGCCUUUAAGUCUGGGGACAGGGAGGCUCUCAUCACAGCCAGAGCCAAACUGGCCUGGGCCAUCUGGGCGGCAAAGCGUGCCUAUGCAAAGAAGAUCCACAGCGACUACAUGGACUCUAAGGACACACGGCGCAUGUGUGAGAGGAUACCAGAAGAUGCUACUGCCCUGUUUGGGCCUCCUCUCGAGACAGCCUUUGAAGCAGAACAAUCAGAAGACCCUGUCCUGCAGGAAGAGUCACCCCUGCCCAUCAUCUGUCCAGCCCUGACACCCAAGGACUCCCCAGAGGCUCCUCUCAGCCCCUCUCCCCUGGCAGAAGUGUCCCCCUCCCACAACAUACCCCCACCCCUUUUCCUGAGCAAAGAGAAUCGGAGGAGCCCUGACGCAUUGGCACUAAAGGAGGCGCCCGAGCCCACUGCCUCCCCCAAAAAGCUAACCAUGGGCCCUCGAGCCACACCUCCGCCUCCACCCCCUCCCACCUACAGGGCAGUGGUAUCCUCACCAGGACCUUGCUCUGGACCAGGGUCCUCUUCCCCAGCCCAGCCUGCCACCCCGCUGACUGGCAGCAGCCCAACCCCACCCCCUCCUCCACCCCGCCCUCCCUCACAUCCCAAACUGCCUCCUGGGAAACCAUGCAUAGGGGAUGUGGCCCGGCCAUUCAGCCCCCCUGUUAGCUCCUCCAGCCCAUCACCCUUCGCACCUCUUGCUCGGGCAGAGAGUACCUCCUCCAUCUCAUCCACCAACUCACUGAGUGCCACCACCACACCUACUAUCGGUAAAGAGUUGUCCAUCUCUGUGUCAGGGUGUUCCCGGGGACCCAGCCCCCUCACCAUGGGUGCCCAGGACUCCCUCCCCAUGGCGGCCGCCUUCACUGAGACAGUCAAUGCCUACUUCAAAGGAGCUGACCCCAGCAAAUGUGUGGUGAAGAUCACGGGGGAGAUGGUGCUUUCCUUCCCAGCUGGGAUCACCAGACAUUUUGCCAAUAAUCCCUCCCCAGCUGUGCUAAAGUUCUGCGUAACCAACUACGGCCGACUGGAGCAUGUUCUGCCAAACCCUCAGCUACUGUGCAGUGACACCACACAACCUAGUGGCAACUCUAAGGAAUUCUGGGUAAAUAUGUCAAACUUGAUGACCCACUUGAAGAAGGUGGCAGACCAGAAGCCCCAAGCGACAUACUACAAUGUGGCCAUGUUAAAAUAUCAGGUGUCUGCACAGGGCAUCCAGUCCACCCCCCUCAAUCUGGCAGUCAACUGGAAAUGUGAGCCCACCAGCACCGAUCUCAGAGUAGACUUCAAAUAAAACAGAGAAGCCAUGACCACACAGUUCCUGGUCCCUGUUGAUGGAGGAGUAGCCAAACUACAGGCUGUGUUUUCACCUGCUGCAUGGAAUGCAGAACAACAGAGAAUCCUGUGGAAGAUUCCAGAUAUUACACACAAGUCAGAAAAUGGCGGGACGGUUCUGAUUGGGUGA